AGAAGGGAGGCUGAGGCUUGCUUUAGGACUGGAAGAGAAAGAAAAGGGCUUUGGAUCCCAGAGAAGGAGAAAGGGAUCUGGGAAGAGAAGAACAGCUGGAGAGUAGUCCUCAACUUGAAGAGAAAGAGAGAAAGAAAGAAGCACCCAGCAUCCUUUGUCAACGGAGGUGUGUUGGAAAUGACCCCGUGGGAUGCUCCCGGCGCCAUUCUGGGCUCCUGGGGGCUCUUCUUCCUGGUCCUUGUGCCUCUUUCUUGCCAGUUGUGCCCCAUCCCCUGCGAAUGCUCAGAACCAGCCCGAACGGUGAAGUGUGUCCAGAAGGAGCUGACCACCAUCCCAGCUGGCAUUCCCAGAUACACUCGCAACCUCUUCAUAACCGGCAACCAGAUCACCCACAUCGGCAGCCAGGACCUCAGUGGGCUGCCUAAUCUGGUGACGCUCUCAUUGGCCAACAACAGGAUCAAUGCUGUGGAGUCACAGGCCUUCUCUGCUCUCCAGCACCUAAGAUACUUGGACUUGAGUCAUAAUGACUUGACCACCAUCCAUCCAGAUGCUUUCAGUGCUAAGAACAACUCCAUCCAAGAACUAAACCUUAGCUAUUCGCUGUACAACUCCUCUGCCAUUCGCCCUGUGGCAACUGCGCUUGCCCAAGGUGGCUUCCAGAACCUCUCCAGGCUAGAGCUCACCAGCAAUGAGAUUGUCUAUUUGCCAUUCCGCAUGUUGUCAAGCCUCUCCAAACUGGAGCACUUAGACCUGAGGAAUAAUUCCUUAGUGGACAUCAGGAACUCCACUUUUUCUGCCCUUGACUUAAAAUAUCUUGACUUGACCAUGAAUGCCUUCAAAACCUUGAGAAGUGAAGCAUUAUCUGCCCUUAGCAGGCAGCAUCAUCUUCGCCUUUUCUUGAAGGACAAUCCUUUUGUUUGUGACUGUGACAUUGAAGACCUUGUGAGCUGGCUGAACCAAAGCCAGCAGGUAGCAGACACGGAAAAACUCACCUGUGCCUUCCCUUGGUCUCUGAAAAACACAUCACUGGUAGAGCUGGUAGGGGCAAAUCUAGACUGCCACUUCAACCAACAUGGAGAAAAUGCUCUUCAUACCUCCUAUGCUGCCCUCGGUGUGGUCCUAGGCGUCAUUGGAGUCAUCUUCCUCUUUGUGCUUUACCUGAAUCGGAAGGGCAUCAAAACAUGGGUAAACACUGUAAGGGAUACCUGUCAGAACUUGAUGGAUGAGUACCGCUAUCAUUAUGAAAUUAAUUCAGAUCACCGCAUUACACAAGUCUCCACACUGGACAUAUGAAGCUGUCUGUCUCUUUUUGGAGGCUUGUCAAGGUUUGUACUGGUGUUGCUUCCAUUAAUGAUUUGGAAGCAUUUAUCUUUCUUUGGGACAGAGUCUGCUGCUGAGAUAUACCUUCUGCUCCACUUUAAAACCAAGCCUUGUAAGGCAGAUAGUCUUGUGGAUUAGACUUGGGUGAGUGUGAAUUCAAAGGAUAGUUUUUUCUUCAUCAACAUUAGGCAGAAGGUUUGACUCAUUUAAAUGUAAACGUCGGGGGAAAUUGUUCGGUUCCAGAUGUCAGCUCUGCACACGAUUUAAAAAAAAUAAUGUCAAAUUUCUGAAGUGCCAUCACAGAUAUUUAUACUCCUGGAAGCACAUGUGUGUGGGAGUUUUUCCAGUCCAGGUGUUAACUGUGUCUUGUUUCAACACAACAGUUUAUCUGUUUUGUUCAUUAAGGAACUGGUCCCUGGGAUUCUGUAUCACACGUGGCUGAAUAACCUUGGUCUUAUUUGGUAGAAGCAGACAAGAUGAUGGAAAUUAGCUGUUGUUUUGAAAGUCCUUGCCAACCUUUUUGUAUCCUCUUCACUUCAUAAGGACAAUUGUAGCCAACUGGCAGUUGAGUAUUGGACUGGGGCUAGGGAGAUCCAGGUUCUAUUCCCUACUGAGCCCUGAAACUCUAUUGAAAUCUCUCAGCCUAGCCUACCUCACAGGGUUGUUGUGAGGAUAAAGUGGGGAGGAGGGGAGCCAUGCACAUUGCCUUCAGUUAAAUGGAGGGAAGAAAGGAUUUUAAUGUAACAAACAAACAAAUAAAUUUCCUUCAACAGCUACUUCUUGAUCUUAGCUGAUCUACAAGUUCUGAGAUAAUGUGAAGAAAGUGGGGAAAUGCUGCUUUAGAGCAGAAAUUUCCUACAAGUAGGAAACACGCAAGCUGAGGAGGUAGUCUAUAAAAGAAUACUUCUCCCUAGAUUUUUGCCACACUAAAGAAUUAAUACAGCUCGACACUGCUUUAAUUACUGUGGCUCCAUCCUAUAUAACUCCUGGGAUUUGU